GGUGACUAUUACAUGGUUAAGAAACUCUUAGAGGAAAACAGCUCUGGCAAAAUGAACAUAAACUGUGUGGAUGUGCUUGGACGAAAUGCUGUUACCAUAACCAUUGAAAAUGAAAACUUGGACAUACUACAGCUGCUUUUGGAUUAUGGCUGCCAGUCGUCGGAUGCACUUUUGGUGGCUAUUGACUCAGAAGUGGUGGGAGCUGUUGACAUUCUGCUUAAUCACCGACCAAAAAGAUCCUCCAGACCCACUAUUGUGAAACUAAUGGAGCGCAUUCAGAACCCAGAGUACUCGACCACCAUGGACGUGGCACCUGUCAUUUUAGCUGCUCAUCGUAACAACUAUGAAAUUCUCACCAUGCUUUUAAAGCAAGAUAUAUCCUUGCCCAAGCCUCAUGCUGUUGGCUGUGAGUGCACCCUGUGUACUGCAAAGAACAAAAAAGAUAGCCUGCGACAUUCCAGGUUCCGCCUUGACAUCUACCGCUGCUUGGCCAGUCCUGCUCUGAUCAUGCUGACAGAGGAAGACCCAAUCCUGAGAGCCUUUGAACUGAGUGCAGACUUGAAAGAACUGAGCCUUGUCGAGGUUGAGUUCAGAAAUGAUUAUGAGGAGCUAGCUCAACAGUGCAAAACCUUUGCUAAAGAUCUGCUUGCGCAGGCACGGAACUCCCGGGAGCUGGAAGUCAUUCUGAACCACACGUCCAGCGACGAGCACGUAGACAAGAGAGGGCUGCUGGAGGAGAGGAUGAACUUAAGUCGCUUGAAACUUGCCAUCAAAUAUAAUCAAAAAGAGUUUGUUGCCCAGUCUAACUGCCAGCAGUUCCUAAACACUGUGUGGUUUGGACAGAUGGCAGGCUAUCGACGCAAGCACACAUGCAAGAAAAUUUUGACUGUUUUGAUGGUUGGCGUUUUCUGGCCAGUUCUGUCCCUGUGUUACUUGUUAGCCCCUAAAUCUCGAGUAGGUCGAAUAAUUCAUACUCCUUUUAUGAAGUUUAUUAUUCAUGGGGCUUCAUAUUUCACAUUUCUGUUGUUACUUAAUUUGUAUUCCCUUGUCUACAAUGAGAAUAAGAAGAAUACAAUGGGACCAGCCCUUGAGAGGAUAGAUUAUCUUCUGAUAAUAUGGCUAAUAGGAAUGGUGUGGUCAGAUGUUAAAAGACUGUGGUAUGAUGGUUUAGAAGACUUUUUAGAAGAAUCCCGUAAUCAGCUUAGUUUUGUCAUGAAUUCCCUGUAUUUGGCAACUUUUGCUCUCAAAGUAGUUGCCCAUAACAAGUUCCAUGACUAUGCUGAGAGGAAGGACUGGGACGCCUUCCAUCCCACCCUAGUGGCAGAAGGUCUUUUUGCUUUUGCCAACGUUCUUAGUUACCUGCGUCUCUUCUUCAUGUAUACAACCAGCUCUAUUCUGGGACCACUCCAGAUUUCAAUGGGGCAGAUGCUACAAGAUUUUGGAAAAUUUCUGGGCAUGUUUCUUCUUGUGUUGUUCUCAUUCACAAUUGGACUGACACAACUUUAUGAUAAAGGAUUUACUGUAAAUGAAGAGAAGGACUGUGCGGGUAUUUUCUGUGAGCAGCAGAGCAAUGACACAUUCCAUUCGUUUAUUGGCACAUGCUUUGCUCUGUUCUGGUAUAUAUUCUCCCUGGCACACGUAGCAAUCUUUGUCACACGUUUUAGCUAUGGGGAAGAAUUACAGUCUUUUGUGGGUGCUGUUAUUGUUGGUACCUACAAUGUGGUUGUUGUGAUAGUAUUAACAAAGCUCCUGGUGGCAAUGCUCCAUAAAAGUUUUCAGCUGAUAGCAAAUCAUGAAGAUAAGGAAUGGAAGUUUGCUCGUGCCAAGCUUUGGCUUAGCUACUUUGAUGACAAAUGCACACUACCUCCACCUUUCAAUGUUAUUCCCUCCCCCAAGACCAUGUGUUACCUUCUGAACAGUCUCAGUAAAUGGAUCUGCUCUCAUACAUCCAGUGGCAAAGUGAAACGUCAAAACAGCCUAAAGGAAUGGAGAAAUCUGAAGCAAAAGAGAGAUGAGAAUUAUCAGAAGGUGAUGUGCUGCUUGGUCCACCGUUACUUGACUUCCAUGAGACAGAAGAUGCAAAGCACAGACCAGGCAACUGUGGAAAACCUGAACGAGCUGCGGCAAGACUUGUCCAAAUUCCGAAAUGAAAUGAGAGACCUGCUCGGCUUCAGAACUUCUAAGUAUGCCAUGUUUUAUCCAAGAAACUAGGGCCUGACUUUUAACUGAGAAGUGUGUACUUUUAGAUACCUAUAGGUGAAAGUAUUGACGUCGUUCUAUUGCCAGGCUGAAUUAAAAAAAGAUUAUUGCACAAUAACACAUUUGAAAACGCUUUUGCAUGAGUUGCAGCU